UAGGAGUACUAUAUAUAUCCUCCUCAUAAAACAAAUGUCAACACAUUUAUUAAUUAUAUCUCCAUUGUCAUUGUCCACAGUCCACACACAAAAUAACGAAUCAUAAAUUACAAUACAAAAUCUAAUCUAUGAGCUUGAAAUGGUUGACAAAAGAAAUAUUCUAUCAACCUAACUCCUUAGUUGCUUGUGUUUGUGUCUAAUCUAUUCAUCUUUUGGUGUUUGUUUCACAAAUAAAACAUAACCACACAUAGUGUCACAAACUCUGUUUCUUUCUCUGCUGUCAACAAUGACCAGACACAAAAACUCUCAACAUCUUCUUCUUCAUCUUCUCUCAACAAUUUUCUUCCUUCAUUUCAACUCAAUCUCCACCAUUGAUUUCAUCUUCAACGGCUUCAAUUCUUCAAACGUUCUUCUCUUUGGCAAUGCAACAAUCGAUUCUCAAAUUCUAACACUUACCCAUCAUCAAUCUUUCUCUAUUGGUCGUGCUCUUUACCCACAAAAAAUUCCCACAAAAAACUCUUCUUUUGUAUACCCUUUUUCCACUUCCUUCAUCUUUUCAAUGGCACCUUUUGAAGACACUCUUCCUGGUCAUGGUUUAGUUUUCAUCUUCACACCUGUUAAAGGAAUCCAAGGUACAAGUUCAGCUCAACAUCUUGGUCUUUUUAAUCUAACUAACAAUGGAAAUUCCAACAACCAUGUUUUUGGUGUUGAAUUUGAUGUUUUCAUGAAUCAAGAAUUUGAUGACAUUAAUAACAACCAUGUUGGAAUUGACAUAAAUUCUCUCAAGUCUUAUGUUUCUCAUGAUGUUGGGUUUUGGCCUGAUGAUGGAAAAAGUGAAAAAGAUAAGUUUUUUAAGAAAUUGAAGUUGAAUAAUGGUGAAAAUUAUCAAGUUUGGAUUGAUUAUGAAGAUUCUCUAAUUAAUGUUACAUUAGCAAAAUUGGGUAUGAAAAAACCUAUUAGACCAUUGUUGAAUGUUUCUCUUAAUUUAUCUGAUGUUUUUGAAGAUGAAAUGUUUGUUGGUUUUACUAGCUCAACAGGUCAAUUAGUUGAAAGUCAUAAGAUUUUAGCUUGGAGUUUUAGCAAUACAAAUUUUUCAUUGAGUGAUGAACUUAUUACUAUUGGACUACCCUCUUUUGUUCUUCCAAAAGAUUCAAUUUUUAAGUCCAAAGGGUUUGUUGCCGGAUUUAGUGUACUAGUUUUCUUUAUUGUUUGUGUUUUGGUUUUGUUGGUACUGUUUUUGAUUCAAAAGAAGAGAAAGAGAGAAAAGAAGAGAAGUGAAAUGGAAGAUUGGGAGUUAGAGUAUUGGCCACAUAGAAUGUCUUAUGAAGAAAUAGAAUCUUCCACAAAGAAGUUCUCUGAGGAAAAUGUGAUUGGAGUUGGUGGGAAUGGAAAAGUCUACAUGGGUGUUUUAAGAGGAGGUGUUAUGAUUGCUGUGAAAAACAUUUCUCAUGAGAAUGAUGGUUUGAGAGAAUUUCUUGCAGAAAUUUCAACUCUUGGAAGGUUAAAGCAAAGGAAUUUAGUAGGGUUAAGAGGUUGGUGUAAGAAAAAUGCUGGAAAUUUCUUAUUAGUUUAUGAUUAUAUGGAAAAUGGAAGUUUAGACAAAAGGGUUUUUGAUUGUGAUGAGAGCAAGAUGUUAAACUAUGAAGAUAGAAUAAGGAUUAUUAAGGAUGUUGCUUAUGCUAUCUUGUAUUUGCAUGAAGGGUGGGAAGUAAAAGUGGUGCAUAGGGACAUUAAGGCUAGCAAUGUUUUACUUGAUAAAGAUAUGAAUGCAAAGUUAGGUGAUUUUGGUUUAGCUAGAAUGCAAAAUCAUGGUCAAAUUGCUAGCACAACAAAGUUAGUUGGAACGGUCGGUUACAUGGCUCCUGAAGUGAUCAAAACCGGUAGAGCUUCGACUCAAACCGAUGUUUACAUGUUCGGUAUCUUGAUUUUAGAGGUUAUGUGUGGAAGGAGACCAUUAGAAGAAGGUAAGGAACCUUUGGUGGAGUUUGUUUGGAAACUUAUGGUACAAGGGGAACUUGUUUGUGCACUUGAUCAGAGGUUAAGGGCUAAAGGUGAAUUUAGUUUGCAAGAAAUGGAGAGAGUGUUACACUUAGGUUUGUUGUGUGCAUAUCCUGAACCAAAAUCUAGGCCAACAAUUAGACAAGUUUUGAAUAUUUUAGAAGGGAAGAAUGAGGGAGUUGAAGAGUCAGAGAUUGAGAAUAUGGAUAGUUAUUUGCUUAAACAGUUAAAAUCAAGGGAUAUAUUGGCUGAAUAUUCUCAUUAUUUUAGCUAUGCAUCACACCCAACUUUUCAAGAUAUUCGUCAAUUAUCACCAACAUCUUUCACUUGGUCCGGAUCUUUAGUUAAGGGGAGGUGAAUCUUUGUCAUGAAUGAAAAAAAAUGGAAUUUGUUGGAGCUACUUGGAGCGUAUAUAGUACGAGAUUUUAGAUUGAAGGUGUGUCAGGUGUCCGACACAUAUGUUAGUGUUUGGUGUCUGCGUUCAUAGCUUGGAUCAUUUGAGGCCAAAGUGCUUGUAUUAUCUUUUCCAUAAAAAACAGCAAAGAAGCUUUUUUGUGCUUCCCUUUGCAAAUUUAUUUAUCAAGUUAUCUGAUUGGUUUGUAGAAGAAUUGUUUUGUACUAUGAUUAUGAACUAUGAAGUUUCAACUUUAUAGUUUUGAAUUUUUGUUUGUACAGUAUACCAUAGUGUGAAUGUUAAGAGUAAAAAAAAAAUUCAAUGUUAAUACUCAUAUUGAUUUUUAUGUGAUAUAAUUGACUUUUCUACUCUC